GCCAAAAGGUCAAUUCACUGUUUUUAGUCUUUUUAUUACCUAGCAGUUAUUGAAUUGAUCCUUGGUACGGAGUCAAGUAAGACUUUUACAUACUCAACACCCUAAACAUUUACUAGGAAGUUUAGUUUCUGAAGGCUACUGACUCCUUAUAUAUCUUCUUUUAAAAAACUAUUAACCCUUUUUUUUCUUCUCUACUUUAUAAAUUCUCAUCAUCUUUCUAUGUCCAUCUCUCUCAUAACAUCGAUCGGUCAUCUUGAUUUAUCUUCACCGUCACUUCAUAAAGUCAUCCUCCAGCAAUCAUCGGAAAGGCAUUCAAGGCCGCGCGCCCUGUUUCCCUACUUGGCAAUUUUAUCUAUCAUUUAAGAAUUUACAGUUUACAGUUUACAGUUUACAUACUACUCAAGUAAUUCAACCCCAGAGACUUUAUACCGCCUCAUACCCAGUCACCUCGAUCGAUUUCAGAAUCCACUUCCAGCCCCUCUCUUGACUAGGAUCUAAUCAUCUCAAGACUCGAUAACCAAGAAAUCACCUGAGGACGACUUUCUACGGAGUGCAUUAUACUAUUACAAAUAGAUUUAUUCCUUCUCCUUUACAUCUUUUCUUCUGAAUAGCUUCCUCUUCUUUGGAUCGUUCAUUCAAAUUCAACACAAGUAUUCAGGAUGACUACCGAUCUUUUAUCUUCAUCACAAGUCAAUGACUUUGACUAUGUCAUUGUUGGAGGUGGAACGGCAGGAUGUGUUAUUGCUAGCAGACUCUCCGAAUAUUUACCCAAUAAGAAGAUUCUUAUGAUUGAGGGUGGCCCAAGUGAUUUCAAUAAUGAUAAAGUAUUGAAGCUUAAGGAAUGGCUUACGUUACUUGGUGGAGAAUUGGAUUAUGAUUAUGGAACCACCGAACAACCAAAUGGUAAGUAUCAUCUUCUCAGAAGCAAUGGAAAUGGAUGCUGACAGAAAAUAGGCAACUCAUACAUUAGACACUCACGUGCUAAGGUUCUUGGAGGCUGCUCUUCUCACAAUACCCUGAUAUCAUUCCGUCCAUUCGAGUAUGAUUGUCAAAUUUGGGAGAGUUUAGGAUGUAAAGGAUGGGGGUUCAAGACUAUGAUGCGUCUCAUUGAUAACCUCCGCAAUCAAACCAACCCAGUUCAUCCACGUCACAGAAAUCAAGUUUGUAAGGAUUGGGUUCAAUCUUGCUCUACCGCCAUGGACAUUCCCAUCAUCCAUGAUUUCAACCACGAGAUUCGUGAAAAGGGUGCUCUCGAACAAGGUGUAGGUUUCUUCUCAGUAUCCUACAAUCCAGAUGAUGGACGAAGAAGUUCCGCAUCUGUAGCUUACAUUCACCCAAUUCUCCGAGGAGCCGAGAAUCGACCAAAUUUGACCAUUCUCACCAAUGCCUGGGUCAGCAAACUCAACUUCGACUCCAACAAAACCGUCAAGAGCGUAAACGUCACCUUGAAAUCUGGCGAGAAACUCACCGUCUCUCCCAAGACCGAAACUAUCCUCUGUGCUGGCGCAGUCGAUACCUGUCGUCUCAUGCUACUCUCUGGAGUCGGGCCCGACCAACAACUCAAAGACCUCGGUAUCCCCGUCAUACACGACCUUCCCGGUGUAGGAGAAAACCUCAUCGACCACCCAGAAUCCAUCAUCAUGUGGGAACUCAACGCCCCAGUCCCACCACAAACCACCAUGGACAGCGACGCAGGUAUAUUCCUCCGUCGGGAACUCCCCAACGCCGCCAAAAACCACACUCACCCAGAACUCAACCCUAAAGGACUCCCAGAUGGCACCAUCGCAGACAUCAUGAUGCACUGCUACCAAAUCCCCUUCUGCCUUAACACCGCUCGUCUAGGCUACGACGCCCCUCUAAACGCCUUCUGUAUGACACCCAACAUCCCACGUCCCAGAUCAAGAGGACGCAUCUACCUAACCUCAUCCGACCCCUCUGUGAAACCCGCCCUCGAUUUCCGCUACUUCACCGACCCCGAAGGCUACGACGCAGCCACCAUCGUCGCAGGCCUCAAAGCCGCCCGCGAAAUCGCAAAGAAACCCCCCUUCUCCAACUGGCUCCUCCGCGAAGUAGCUCCUGGUCCAGAAAUCCAAACCGACGAGCAACUUUCAGAAUACGGGAGAAAAGCAGCUCAUACUGUGUAUCAUCCUGCUGGAACGACUAAAAUGGGCAGUGAAGAGGAUAAGAUGAGUGUUUGUGAUGAGAAAUUAAAGGUUAGGGGGUUGAAGGGGGUCAGGGUGGCGGAUGCGGGGGUUUUCCCCACGAUGACGACGAUUAAUCCCAUGUUGACUGUUUUGGCGAUUGGGGAGAGGGCGGCGGAGAUGAUUGCUCAGGAGGCGGGGUGGAGGGGGAUGGUGGAACCGAGGUUGUAGGUUUUUGGUUGUAAAGGGGAAAUGGGGUGAUGGUGGGGAGGAGAGAAGAGAAGAGAAGGAAAUGUGUAUACGAAUAUGGAUAUGUAUACGGACACGGACACAAAUAUGGAUAUCAGUAAUCACUCUAGAUCGCAUAGAUCACAUAGAUAGAAGAGAUAGAAGAGAUAUAUAGAUAGAUAGAUGUAAAUACUUUCAGCAAGUAAGUAAGUGAGCAGUACAUACAUACCUAUUUAUCUAUCUAUCUAUCUAUUACUAUGUUAGGUUAGGUUAGGUAGGGUUAGUU